AUGAAGCUCCCUUCGUUCGCUCUGGUUGCGUUGCUCGUGUCGACCGUGGCCACCGAAUCAAACUACACCACCUUCUCCAACUCGACAUCCGCCCCGGGGUUCAGCAUCCGCAGCAAGGCCCAGGACCCCUCUGCUCUAGGAGUAGACACCGUCAAACAAUACACGGGAUACCUGGACGCGGACGACGGCUCAAAACACUUCUUCUACUGGUUCUUUGAGUCGCGAGGAGACCCCCAAAACGACCCUGUCGUGCUCUGGCUGUCGGGAGGACCCGGUUGCUCUUCUCUCGGAGGCCUCUUCUACGAAAACGGCCCUUCCUCCAUCGACGAGAACCUCAAGGUCGUGCGAAACCCUCACUCGUGGAACAACAACGCCAACGUCAUAUACCUGGACCAACCUGUGGGAACGGGCUUUUCGUACUCGGACAAGGGACCUGUCGAUACCUCCAAAAAGGCCGCCGAGGACCUCUACUCGUUUCUGACUCUCUUCUUCCAAAACUUCCCGGAAUACAACAAGGGCCAAAAGUUCCACAUUGCCUCCGAGUCUUAUGGAGGUCACUACGCACCAAUCUCUGCCCUGGAAAUUCUCUCGCACGCAGACAAACCCUUCAGACUGGACUCCAUUCUCGUCGGCAACGGAAUCUGGGACCCUCUGCACCAGGCAGCUGGGUUCCAGCCCAUGGCCUGUGGUAAAGGAGGUGUUCCCCCUGUACUCAACUCCACCGAAUGUCAGCAGAUGGACACAAACUAUCACGAGAUGAUCGACGAGAUCCAGACGUGCUACGACUCCAAGUCCGUCUCCGACUGCACCGAUGCCCAGGGCGACUUCAACUACCUUUUCCUCAAUCCGGUUGGCCAAAAGUUCAUCAACAUCUACGACCUGACCAAGAAAUGCGACCCCGAAGCCAAGGGACUGUGCUACAAGGCCAUGAACUACCCCGAGACCUGGCUGCAGCAGGACCACGUCAAGCAGGCUCUGGGCGUCGACACCAAGAUCCAGUUCCAGACUUGUAACGGCUUUGUCAACCAGCUCUUCCAGCGAAAGGGAGAUGAAAUCUACCCGUACGUUGACGACUACCACAAGCUGUUGGACGACUACAAAUUGCCGGUGCUAGUGUACGCUGGAGAUCACGACUACAUCUGUAACUGGCUCGGAAACUACUACUGGACUAAUGCUCUACAAUGGAGCGGAAAAGAGAGCUUCAACAAGGCUCCAUACACUUACUGGAGAGUUGGAGGCAAGCCUGUGGGCGAAAUCAAGAACUACGACAAGUUCACCUUCCUUCGGGUCUACGACGCAGGUCAUAUGGUUCCCCAUGACCAGCCUGAAGUGUCUCUACAGCUUCUCAACAGAUGGAUAUCUGGAAAGUACGAUCUCCACGAGUAA